UUGUUUUCUUUUCGCGGAUAUUUUUGGUGUGUACAUGUACCGAAAGUUUGCUUAUUGAUUUAUCUCGAUACCAUUUACGAUUCUUAGGGGUAAUUUAUUUUUGCAAGGUUUUUGGCAGUGGUCCGGUCUGUCAGCCGGGAGAGAUCGGGCUCGCGGGGUUUAGUCCUAGCCAUUGGAUACAGGUUUCCGGGUGUGCGAGUUGGUUUCAGUGAUCGGUUAACCUCACAUUAUUGUAUGGUGAGCUUUCGCAUGAAUAUUGUGCAGUAUAGGUACUGUAUAGUACAAGUUCAAAUGGUAGUAUUAAUCAUCAUAAUGUUUCAUUGUAGGAGCUUGGGUGCUUGUCAUUGAUAUUUGUUCAUUUAUAUGUUAUAUGAUUAAAUGCCUACCGCCACUACGUCCUAUCGGCGAGCUAACGGCAAAUUGAUAUUUGCGUUUUGUGUUUUUCAAUUGCUCAGUGGAGUGAGACGUAGUCCGCCUUUACUAGGUGCACCUUUGUGGAACCGUGGCCGUGAUUAUCCAACAUAACAGCCACCGAUCUUUAUAUUUCGACAGUAUACCAUUAGUAUAUCGAUAAUGGUGUUGACGAAACACAUCGCCAUGAUGAUACCUUACGUGUCCGUUGUAAUGGUAGGCUUAUUAUUCCUUCAAGUGAGCCACGCGACCACCUGUUAUGAGACAAACGACAACUCUGGCGUUAUGGCGACAGUGACUAUUUAUUGUGAGGACUUCGAGGUCUGCUGUGGAACUGAGAGAAACAGGGAAUGUUGUGGAGAUGACAGCGGUGACGACGUUGGUAUCAUCAUUGGUUGUGUGGUUGGGUUGAUAGUCCUCGUUAUAAUUGUGACGAUAGUUGUGUGUCUGAUCAAGCAGUCUAAACGGCCACAGAAAGGCGCAGUUAUCAAACCAUAUCCAGUGAAUUCCAGUGGAGUCGGAAGAAACGGUUAUCAACCAUAUCCAGUGACUUCCGGUGGAGUCGGAAGAAACGGUUAUCAACCAUAUCCAGUGACUUCCGGUCGUGUCGGCACAAACGGUUAUCAACCAUAUCAACCUUAUAGUGGCGCUCCCACAACCAGACUGCCACCACUUACCCAUAAUUACGUUGUGCCUCCGGCAAGGACGGCAGGAGUACCGACAACCCUAAAUGUACGGAAUGAUGUAGCGCCAUCUAUAAACUCCGGACCAGAUAACAUCCCUCCCGCAUUCAACUAUAUUCCUCCGAAAUUUGCUUAACGAUAGUGAUUAUAUCAAAGGACAGAUUUUACAUAUGUUGGUUUGAAAGAAAAAUUCAAAUUAAAACUGAAUUAAUGUGAGUAUAUAUGUAUCAAUUCAAUAAAUCUGAUUAUGGAUUAUUUUUUAACAAAUCACUACAUCCAAAUAUCCCUUUGUGACGUACGUAACAUCACAGACAUCUGAUUGGUGCCACUUUCAGUCUUGUUAAACAUCCAGCAGUCCGGCGGAUAUCCGUUCAUUGCUAAACGCCGAUUGAUGAAUAGUCAGUGAUGAUAUAACGGAAGUGACGCACAUAUCAGAGGAGGAAAGAUGAGGAGCAUAUAUCUAAUGACAAUUGUUAGACGGGAGCAUGACUAUUGGUGAAUAACAUACAAUAUUACGUGUUUGUGGAAUUACGGGUGCCGCCUACGAGCAAACGUGACAGGUAGUUUGUUUACAUUCUGUAGUCGAAGUCAGACGCAUAUAUAAGUAGACCCAGUUAUGUCUAGUGAUGUAAAACUGUCCGAAGUAUACAUUUGUAUGUAUAUGUUUAAAAAAAAUCCCCUUUUCUGAUUUUCUUCUUUACAAUCAUGAUACACAAAUGAACAAUUAUUAUCAAGUGGGCGGAGUUUGAAUUUAUUAUUAUCUUUAAUCUUGAUUUGAUUUAAACAUAGUUAUUGCCCCAAAGCUGAGCUGAGGAUUAGGCACAAGUUUUUUCUUUCAAAUUAUCAACGCCUUUUUUUCUAAUACGGUUCAUAUAUUGAUAUUCACAUAAUAGCAUUUAACAAGGCAUACAAGUCAUAAUAUAAUCAAUACAUUUUACUUAAAACCUGUUGCUGGAUUUGAUAAAAAAAAAUGCACGUGUAUUGCACGUGUCUGACAACUUCUGUAUGAAUGUUUACUGAGAGAUUUUCUUUUCCAAAUAAAAAUAUAUCUAGAUUCACUAUAUAUAUAUCUAACGACCUAGAGUUUUGAAAAAGAGUGGUUCGUCCUGCAUUAUAAAGCUUACAUUCUAAGAAAAACGUGUGCAACAUCCUAACAGGAAUACCAACAGUUGCAUGAACCGUUGUCAACCAUCUUAACACGGAACAAAACGUGUAGAAGGGUUAAAAGAAAGAAAAUGACGAAUCGGAAAACAGCAUUCUGCGCACAAACUGUUUUGUAAAUAUGUUAUAUUGUUUUCCUUAUAUCGAUUUUACGGAUCACUUAUUUUCGUAUUACGGUUGUUCUAACCCGAUUAUAUCGAUACUACGGUUUACUGGUCUUAUUUUCGUAUUACGGUUGUACUUACCCGGUUAUAUCGAUACUACGGUUUACUUGUCUUAUUUUCGUAUUACGGUUGUACUUACCCGGUUAUAUCGAUACUACGGUUUACUGGUCUUAUUUUCGUAUUACGGUUAUACUAACCCGGUUAUAUCGAUACUACGGUUUACUUGUCUUACUUUCGUAUUACGGUUAUACUAACCCGGUUAUAUCGAUGUAACGGUUUACUUGUCUUAUUUUCGUAUUACGGUUAUACUAACCCGGUUAUAUCGAUACUACGGUUUACUUGUCUUAUUUUCGUAUUACGGUUGUACUAACCCGGUUAUAUCGAUACUACGGUUUACUGGUCUUAUUUUCGUAUUACGGUUGUACUUACCCGGUUAUAUCGAUACUACGGUUUACUGGUCUUAUUUUCGUAUUACGGUUAUACUAACCCGGUUAUAUCGAUACUACGGUUUACUUGUCUAAUUUUCGUAUUACGGUUAUACUAACCCGGUUAUAUCGAUGUAACGGUUUACUUGUCUUAUUUUCG